AUGGCAUUGUCAAGCGUUCUGGAUUCCGUGGCCGCCAUCACGACGCUCACUCUCAGGAUCACUGCGGUGAUUUUCACAAGAUUUCAUCCUCUAGGACGAAAGUAUCUCAACCGCAUCUACGGCAACUCUGCGGUUUACGUGCUUUACCUCAUCGCAAAACUCUUCUCGGGCAACUCUCAGCCUAAGCGCCGUCAUCCAAGUUUGCUGCUCCUAUGUGGCUGGGUUGACUCAAGACAGCUUCUUGCGAGCUUCAUUACCGUUGUGCUGAAUCUACUGUCUCUGGGCGCUGUUUGGGACUUCCUGUAUCGAAGUCAUUACCUUCAUCAGAGCAACGACAUCUCAUUCUCUCGUGUGGGUUACGUCGACGAGACCUCAGCGCGCAUCGUUGCCCGUGCCCCAAUUGCGCCUAUCACACAUGUCCAAAUUAGACUUACUUCGGCGGAGGAAGAUGCAGAGCAGCCAAAGUCUCAGGUCAUCACUGUGACCGACGCAAACGACUAUACCGGCACAUUCCUUUUUGAAGAACUCGAAGCCAAUACUGAGUACUAUUACACUACUAAUGCAAGCCAUGCAGGCUCGUUCAAGACAGCAGCCAGAGACCCCAAGCGAUGGAGUCUAGUGUCAACUAGUUGCAUAAAGCCUUUUUACCCUUACAGCCCGGUGGAUCAUGGUGUCAGAAUCAAGGGGCUCGAAUACCUAGACCAAUAUCUCAUGCAGAAGCCAGUAGACAUGAUGCUCUUCCUCGGCGACUUCAUCUACAUCGACUUACCCAUCGCCCUGGGCUGGACCCCUGAGGACUACACCACCGCCUACCGCCAGGUUUACGCUUCGCCAAGCUGGACGACGGCACUCCGCUCCCUGCCAUGGCUCCAUCUCUACGACGAUCAUGAAAUCAUCAACGACUGGGCCGCCAACGAGACAGGGUUGUAUCAAUCUGCCAUGCAGCCAUUCUGGGCCUACCAGGGGCACGCGAACCCCUCGUCGCAGUUCGGCCUCGGCAAGACGCAUUACAUCUUCCGCAGGGGGGACAUCUCCUUCUUCGUCCUGGACACCCGACGAUACCGAUCUGCGGAAUCCAUGGACGAUGGGCCCGGCAAGACGAUGCUGGGCCCCGCCCAGCUCGCAGAUCUCCAGGCGUGGCUGGCGUCCGAAGAAGCAUGGAAGGUCGUCGUGAGCAGCGUGCCCUUCACGCGAAAUUGGAGGGGACCCGAUUCGGCCGACAGCUGGUCCGGAUACCUCCACGAGCGGGAGCAGGUCUUGGACAUGAUGAGGUUGACCGAGGGAGUGGUUAUCUUGAGUGGGUUCUACGAACCGUUCACUCGGUAUCACAGGCAGAUCGAGGACACGGACGUCUCUGUGCAUUCGCAUUCUUGGGGCAGCUCCAAGUUUGGCGUUGUUUCCUUCGACACUUCGGAAGAUGAUCGCUUGGUCGUGGACUACGACUUGGUGGUUCAAGGGCAGAAGACGUGGAAUUACACCUGGACUUAUCAGCGAUAG